AUGGUUCACGCGUUGACUAUGAAUCCUUCACCUUUGUUCCAGAUAAGACUGGAACAAGAUGUAUUGACAAUGCACGGGUCACAAACUGAAUCUGUUGGUUGUUUUCUACGUGGCCAAUUGAUAUUAGCUUUAACUGAAGCAAUUAAAGUUAGAGAAAUUCGGUUAACUUUCAAAGGAAAAUCUAAAAUUUCUUGGACUGAUGAUAAAGGUCCAGCACAAUAUUAUCAUAGUGAAAGAAGAACAUUAUUUCAACAUGAUUGGAUAUUCCUGCCAGCCGAAAAAAAUUAUCAUGUAUUAAAACCAGAUAAUUAUCAUUGGGAUUUUGAAUUAGUUUUACCAGGUACAUUACCAGAAACUAUCAAUGUAUGUGAAAAAAACAAUUAUAUCAACUAUACGUUGAAGGCUAUUGCCGAACGUCACACGUUUGCAGCAAAUUUACAAACAAGACGAACAGUCAAAUUACAAAGAUGUCUAUUACCAACUUCGCUUGAUUUGAUACAAAGUGUGGUGGUAUCGAAUGUUUGGGUUGAUAAAGUGGAUUAUGAGUUGUCAAUAGAGUCAAAAAUUUUUAGUUUAGGAGAUAAAAUCCCGAUUUCAAUGAAAUUUACACCAUUACAAGAAUCACUUAGAUUAAAACGCAUAACUUGUGAGCUAAAAGAAUACGUCACAUAUCAAAUUGGUGCUUAUUCUAAAACCGAAACAAAAAUCAUAGCAAUGUUUAAAGACAUCGAUUCCGCGAGUGUUUUAAAAAAUGAAGAAAAUGGUUUGGAGGUUUGGACGAAAAGUUUUGGUCUACCAAUUCCUAGUUCAAGCGAUCAUUGUCUAUUUGAUUCAGAUAGUUUCUUGAAAAUCAAACAUAGAUUAAGGUUUUCUAUUGCAUUUCAAGCCUUUAGAGCCUCUAAUAAAGAAUAUUCGGCAGAAUUAGAAGCAAGCAUGCCGGUUAUAAUCACUUGCGUAUCACCGAGUAGUGAAAUAAUCUCAAAUUCAAAUUCAUCAUCUGAAGGUUCACCAGAAAUUCAUCAUAAUACAAUCGACAAUUUAUUUGAUAUUGAAAUAUUAAACAGAUUACCUCCUUAUCAAAGAUAG